UGUUUUCUUCAACUUCAUUCACUUCUUAUUUGUCAUUCAAUUCUACUUUUGACAAAUCAUAAAAUUCAUCUUCCUUCAAGCUUGCAACUUUCUCUUCCUCCUUCCAUAAUUCCUCCAUUCCCCCCCCCCCCCCCCCCUACAUUCACACAAAUACAGUCCAAAUUUGUUCAAUUCGUUUAUACAUACAUAUACGUAUAGUAAAGACCCAGUUCGCACGUUAAGAUCUGCAUCUAAAACGGGUCAUUUUCAUUUCUCUUUACUUCUCAACUGGCGGGAAGAGAAAAUAAAAGAUUUGGAAAUUUUGAUGUAGAAGUGUGAAUGCUUCUAUUUGCUGCUUGGAGGGUAAAACUUGUUUCUCGCAGCAAAAAAUAAAGGCAAAUGGCUCCUUCAAGCAAGGCUGAUAAGAAGGCUGCAGGUGAUGUGGCUGCAUGGAUGUUCAAUGUCGUCACUUCAGUUGGAAUCAUUAUUGUCAACAAAGCCUUAAUGGCUAACUACGGCUUUUUCUUUGCAACAACAUUAACGGGGAUGCAUUUUGUUACAACAACUUUGAUGACGAUUGUUCUUAGGUGGCUUGGGUACAUCCAAGCUUCUCAUUUACCCCUUCCAGAUCUUCUAAAAUUUGUUCUGUUUGCAAACUUCUCUAUUGUUGGGAUGAACAUCAGUUUGAUGUGGAACUCGGUGGGAUUCUACCAGAUUGCUAAGUUGAGUAUGAUCCCUGUCUCCUGCCUACUAGAAGUUGCCUUUGACAAGAUCCGUUAUUCUAGGGACACAAAGCUGAGCAUUGUUGUGGUACUCUUAGGUGUUGCUGUUUGCACAGUUACAGACGUGAGUGUUAAUACCAAAGGCUUCAUUGCUGCCUUUGUAGCCGUAUGGAGCACUGCUCUGCAACAGUAUUAUGUUCAUUACCUUCAAAGAAAAUACUCCCUUAGUUCUUUCAAUCUGCUGGGACAUACUGCACCAGUUCAGGCUGGAAGUCUGCUGCUAUUAGGCCCGCUCGUGGAUUAUUGGUUGACCAACAAGAGGAUUGAUCACUUUGCCUUCAAUUUUCCAUCUUUGGUAUUCAUAAUUCUUUCAUGCACUAUAGCUAUAGGCACCAAUCUCAGCCAGUUCAUAUGCAUUGGCAGAUUCACUGCUGUUUCAUUCCAAGUUAUUGGUCAUAUGAAAACAAUCCUCGUUUUGAUACUUGGAUUUUUGUUUUUCGGGAAAGAAGGUCUCAACAUACAAGUGGUAGUUGGCAUGAUCAUAGCAGUUUGUGGAAUGAUCUGGUAUGGAAAUGCCUCAUCUAAACCUGGUGGGAAAGAGCGUCGUAGCCAUUCAAUUAAGCAUGGAUCAGAUUCGUCACAAGCUGAUGAUAAGGUGUAAGAUUUUAUAGCAUUGAAGCUGAAACAGAAGAGAUAGCAAAAAAACAGAAAAUUUAAUAGUCAGCUGACUCUACAUACACACCUCCUUCGAUCAAAUUAGAUUUUUCUUUAUAAUUCAUCUUUUUGAUAAUAUAACAUCAGUAAGAAGAGAUUGAACUUGGGUAUAGAGCUUGGUUUUUCUCAUUCUCCUUUUUAUUUGAUCAAUAAUUUAUAGUGAGUGAUGAGUUUUUUGGCUUGU